CAACGACCAUCCAAUCACAAAAACGGCGUCGUUUUACUGAAAUUUCUCCCACCCUAUUUUACCGUCGAAUUUCCGAUAAUUAUUAUCCGAAUGCGGAAAUUUAGAAGCAAAAAAAGUUACAAUUAUAAGCUCAACAUUCUAUUAACAUGAAAUUUUUGAUGAAUAUUUUUAUCAAAGGUGAAAAAUUAUGGAGAUUUCAGGAACUCCAAUUAACCUAUGCUCAAAAGAGUCACGAAAAAUAUAUCAAGAUUGGUUUAAUUUUGCAGAUUCUGAUGGGGAUGGUCGACUGACGGGGAAUGAUGCAAUUAAAUUCUUUGGCAUGUCAGAUUUGCCAAGAGAAGAUCUUAAACAGGUGUGGGCCAUAGCAGAUGCCAAACGACAAGGAUUUCUUGGUCUCCAGGAGUUCAUUACUGCCAUGCAGUUAGUUUCAUUGGCGCAAUCCGGGCACACAAUAAACCAAGAUCUCCUGAUAGCUGAAUUUGAUUGGGAUACUCUAGAGCCUCCUUCCAUGCAGGGUCUUAAUGAAAAAAUCACUAAAAAGAAGAGCAAACUCAGAUCAGAUUCAGGGAAUGAGAGUAAAAAACUCCAGCCAACGAGAUCAUCUCAUUGGUUUACAUCAUCAAGAUCAUCAAAAAAGAUACAAUUAUCCUCCGUCACAUCUAUAAUUGAUGGACUUAAGACGUUGUAUAAUCAGAACUUGAAGCCACUUGAGACGAGUUAUCAUUUCAACAAUUUUGCAUCACCUUUAUUGACAAAUAGUGAUUUUGAUGCCAAGCCUAUGGUCAUGCUUUUGGGGCAGUAUUCCACCGGAAAGACGACUUUUAUCAAACACUUGCUGAAAAGUAGUUAUCCAGGAGCACAUAUCGGACCAGAGCCAACCACAGAUAGAUUUGUCGUCGUUACGUAUGGUCCUGAUGAAAGAAGUAUUCCAGGAAACACAAUUGCUGUUCAAGCAGACAUGCCAUACAGCGGUCUCACAGCGUUUGGGACUGCCUUUUUGUCAAAAUUUGAGUGCUCUCAGAUGCCACACCCACUUUUGGAGCAUAUUACUCUGGUUGAUACCCCAGGGGUUUUAUCAGGGGAGAAACAACGAACACAAAGGAGCUAUGACUUUACUGGAGUAACAUCUUGGUUUGCUGCUAAAUGUGACCUUAUCUUGCUGCUGUUUGAUCCCCAUAAACUUGAUGUUAGUGAUGAAUUCAAGCGUGUAAUCUACUCUCUCCGGGGUCAUGAUGACAAGAUUCGUGUUGUUUUGAACAAAGCAGACCAAGUGGACACACAACAGUUGAUGAGGGUUUACGGAGCCUUGAUGUGGUCACUCGGGAAAGUUCUAAAUACUCCGGAGGUUACCCGUGUUUACAUUGGAUCAUUCAAUGACAGGACUUCAAACGAAGCCAUUGAUGGUCCAAUUGGGCGAGAGCUUUUUGAGAAGGAACAUGAUGACCUGAUUGCUGAUCUAAAAGAUAUUCCAAAGAAGGCUUGUGAUCGCCGAAUUAACGAAUACGUGAAGCGUGCGAGGGCAGCAAAGAUUCAUGCCUAUAUCAUUGGUCAUCUCAAGAAGGAGAUGCCUGCAAUGAUAGGCAAGGCUAAGGCUCAACAGAGGCUUAUCGAUAACUUGGAAGAUGAAUUCAGAAAGGUUCAAAGGGAGUUUCACUUACCUGCAGGAGACUUCCCCAAUGUGGAGCACUUCAGGGAGGUUCUCAGGGGUUAUAACUUCGACAAGUUCGAAAAAUUGAAACCACAAAAAGUACAGGCUGUUGAUGACAUGCUGGGCUAUGACAUCCCUGAACUUCUCAGAUCUUUCAAAAAUCCAUAUGAUUGAUUUACUGAUUGAAUUUUUUGAGCUAAAGUGCUUUAUCAGAGCGGAACCUCACACAAGUCAACCUGACCUAGCUUAAUCAGCAAGGCUCCUUGAAGUGGAAUGGCUUUGCUUCUUUAUGAAUUGAGAAAAACCUUAUUAGAUGAACUGAAGAUCCAGCUUUGCUGCAUGUCUCUCUUGUUGAAGAGGAAGGAGACUACAAUUAUAGCAUUUUUUACCAGUUGGAGUUGUGGCCUCUUGGAAGGUUUAUUAUUGAACUAACUAAUGGCUAUAUGCAUUUUGACAGUUAGUUUAUCAAAGAAAUGGGCGGGCUAAAAAGACGAAAUGUGCAUUACAUGAAACAUGCCACUACAUAGAAUGAUUACAUAGAUUUAUUUCAGUGUUUGCAUGUACAUUAGUGCUAAUUAUUUUUUGGUGAAAACUUUAGUGCUAACUUAACCAAGUGUGCUCUUCGGUUAAUUAUGUACUUGUCUCUACAAAAUACUAUAUAAAUAUAGUAUUUAUUUCGCUUCGUUUGCUAAUCAUGAAGCACUCUAAAGGCAUGCUAAGAAACUUAAACUAGAAGACUGUAAUCCUACAGUUUAUAGAUUUCAUACAUGAAGUUUUGUGGCAUACAAAGGGAGCUGAUAAAAGUAUCAAGUUUUUGCUGAAGUUCUUCAAUUCUGAACUUCGUUCCUACUACUGUUGCAUUUGGUGAAGAUGGGAAGAUUUGUUCAGUUAGUGCUCAUCUCGUUCAGCCUCGACUCGUUCCAUCUUCUGAAGUUCAAAUAAGAGGUAAUCUGCUUAAAGAGGCCUCGUCUAAUUCGAUACACCUUUAAAGGUUAUGGUGGUGACUCGAGGCUUGCUCGCUGGCGUGAUGAUCUGCAGGAGCUACAGAAAGGGAAGCAAAGUAUGUUAUGGUAGAUCUGUGUGCUGUGUGCUGUGUUACAUGAUCAUUAGUAUCAAACUUUGUUUAUAAUCUUCAAUUCUGCGGUUUUCUUUAUUGUUGGUUUGCUUGAAUGACUUUUGUAGUUAGAGGGUGUAGAGAUUUUUAGCUUGCAGUUCAGAAAACUUCUUCUCAGAUCUUUCAAAAAUUUAUAUGAUUGAUGAAAUUGAUUGAAUUUUUU